CGGACGUGGCUCAGAUACGGAGCGGUGCCUCGCCGAAACGAAGCCUCCUGCAGGACUGCGGCAGAAAGGGGCAGAAUCGGGCCUGUGGGCCUGCUCCUUCCCCUCCCGCUGCCUCCUGACACCCCUCUGAUGCGAUUCGUGUCUCUGGGGAGCUGCAACAAGCGCUUCUACAGCAAAAGGACGCGUUCGCUGUACGGCCCUCGCGUCAGGAGGGACGUAACGUGCUCCUGGACAGAAGAGAAGGACCAGCUUCUGCUAAACCAGCCCACGGAGUUGACCAAACUUUCUCUUUUUUCUUUUUUUUUGGCUGCAGCCGCAGGGUGAUGCGUCGUGCGCCGUGGUUUUACCUAAAAAGUAGCUAGAUUUCAGGGGGAUAACGCCGCCAAAUAGCUUAAGCCCAAAGCUCGUGACAGGACAACAACAGAGGGGGUUGACAGAAGGACAAUAGGGACCUUUUCAGGGCCUGUUUUUCACUUCGGGCAUUGUCCUGCAGCGCUGGAAGAUUUGUUCUGGCUCCAAACACCCGGGAAGUGGUGAGCGGGCAACGAAAAACCCUUCGGGCUUUUUGUCAGCUCUUCAGGAGUUUUCGGGGGAUGUUCGCCCGAGAUGCUUCGCUACCGGGGAGCGUUUGAUAUUUGGCGUUGAGGAAUGGGAAUAAUAGAAUUUGGUUUUCCGUCGUAAAGUCACUGGAGGAGGAAAACUGUCGCGGGUCUUGGCUCUGAGCGUUCCUGGGCUCGAGGCACCUUGCUCAGCUUUAAGCUUUUAAAAAUAAAACUCCGGGCGUUAGGAGUCCAAGCUUGCCUGUUUCAAAUUUGCUCCAAGACCUCUGAGGAGCUGACUUCGUCCCUUCAGAUGAAUGCAGAGCAGAAAUGGUGGUGUCGUCUUAUUAUUUCUUUUUCCUUUCUUGUUUGUAAACUCAUUGGAAAUGGGGUCUUUGGUCCCGAGUGAGCCUCAGCUUUGGCCACCACGGGCACACGCGGGUGCUGCAAGCGUCUUGGGCGUGCCGAUGCCUCCUCUUGGUGGCGCUUCCCUCGGCGGGGCCCUUCCCCGGCAGUAAUCUCAGGAAACCGCAACCCUUUGAAUUCCUCCGAGCUCAAUCUGCUGGGGAAUCCGUGGUCGCUUGGGCUUGGGGUUUGUGCUCCCGUGCAGAACCAACCAGCUUCGCGUGGUCCGUGACCGGAGAAUCCGCGUCUUGCUGGGCUGCGGAGGUGUGGCCUCGUGGGCACGGCUCUGCCUGGUAAUUCUGGAAGGACUCUGCGAGCUCGCACGCGUCCUUUUGAGGAUUUCUCCGAACAAUUCGGCUGGGCGCUGGCGUUCGAUUUCCAUCUCCUGCACGAAUUGCUGCGCGGAUUGCUGGCUCGAAAUGACCGCAGUCGUGCAAAUUCCUGACCUGGCACUCCGAUUCUUAAAUCUUCGGGAUUUCUUCAAGGGUUUGCUCUUUGCCCUUACUUCCCUUAAACCGGGGGACCCGAGCUUCGCUUUGUCACCUGCUCGAGGCAGCUGUGACAAUCCUGGGCGCCUCAGAAGGCCCCCUGUCAUCACUGGGAGCUCUUUUGCGUACGUACUUCUUAAUUGUUGCUUAAAAUUGAAGGUAACUGCCUGGCUGUGGUGGUGCCUGAUGAAGGUGCGUAGUUCUGGCGAGUUAGCCAGCUGUAAGUUUAAUUAAAUAUGUUAUAUUAUACGUUAUUGGGGGCAGCUAACUAUAUGUUAAUGCAUUUGGCUGUUGUUUGUGUCCUUGCUGAUGAGCUGCUGCAUCUCUAGUGCCUGGAAAUCUCUCUAACUCUUUGUUUUCUCUUAAUGCUGUCGUAGGAGCGAAAAAAAAGUAAGUACGUCCCGUGGCCCUGUGCCUUCAGGGGAAUCGGGGGAAUAGAGACGCUGGCCUGGAGCUUUCACUUUGUUCCUUUGUUGCCUGUUCUCCCCGGGGUAAACCAGAUGACUAAAAUGAGAGUUACAGAAGUGUAGAAUAUCCCGAGUUGGAAGGGACCCGUAAGGAUCGUCAAGUCCCUCUCCAGGUGUGUUUCAGCUUGAAAGGCGAAGGUCUGUAGUUGGAGCAGCGGCCAGCUGUCUUUGCCCGUCUGUCACUCCCCGGGCUCGAGGCUUGUAAAACCUUCCCGGACCUGCUGGAACCCGCGAGCCAUCGCCGAGUUCUGGCCGAUGUUUCCUUGCUACGCGGGUUUUAUUUGGCAGCCUGGCACAGAUAAAGGUGGAGUUGCGAAACCUGCAGCUGCCCGUAGCUAAAAGGGGAGCUGGCUUACGGGCACUUGGCCUCCUGCUUGUUUUUCACCCAGGGAUCUGACCGCGCAGCUGUGCUUGGCAGAUGAGGACGAGGAAGCCUCCGUGCCCGGUGGAGAAAGUGUGGGUGGACAAACACAAGUACGACGAAGCCGAGAGGCUGCACUACGAACGAGAAGCGACGCUGGCGGCCGCCGCCGCCGCCCCCGAGGAGUGCCCGGAGGUGGAGGCUGUGAACGGAGUCUGCAACGACGACCCCGCCGAGGGUGAGCUCAGGGGGGACCCGAAACGAGGGAGGAACGGGAAGAAGCAGAGGAAGAGGAAGCGCUCUCCGAAACCCAAAGGCGCGGCCUCCAAGGCGGACUCGGUCCUGAGCGGUUUGUCCGCCGACCGCGUGUGGUUUGAGAAGCCCUUCUACGACCGCGCCGAGAACUUGUACAAUAAAAAGAGAGUGGAUUGUCAGAGCCGGGAGGCGGCUGAGACUGAGCUCGCCGCUGAGCGGCCCGCGCCGAAAGCCGUCCAGGAUGCCCCCAAGCCACGGAUGCUCGCGGCAGCCCUGCCCUGCUCCCACGGCAGCCUGAGCGCCUGUCACCACCUCGUUCAGGGUGUCUGGGUCAACAAGGUCGACUUCGAUAAGGCCGAGAAGGUGUUCGUCGAAAGGUCUCGGCUCUUCGUUCCUCCGGGCGUCCUCGCCCUUCCCUCCGUCCCGCCCAACGCUGAGAACGGCGGGCCGAGAACGCCGGACGAAGGCUACGGGACGGCCCUGCCGACUCCCGCCACGCCGAGCUCGGCCCCAGACGCCGUCAGCCCUGCUCCCCUCGUCACCGGCUCGCCGGCCUCCCCCCGCCAGACGGUGAACGGUAAGCCGCAGGCUUCGAGCUUGCGGGCUCUCGUGGCGGAGGUGUGGUUGGAGAAACCCCUCUACGACGGUGCCGAGAAGAGCUUCUACGAGAACAUGUUCGACGGCCCCCCGCCAGAAAAAGCCGAGCAGCGGCAGCAGCGCCGCUGCCCCGAGGCCUCGAAGGACCCCCGGGAGGACGGGAAGAACCCUGGCGCUGGGCAAAAAGAGGGCGCCGAGCACCCGGAGGCCGCCAGCAGCUCUCCGCCCCCCUCCUCCUUCUUCCUGCACGAGGACAGCGAGGCCGUGUGGCUCAGCAAGCCGACGUACGACCGUGCCGAGUCGCGGCACUACGCGGCCGAGGCUCUGAAAGCCUCAAGAGAGGGCGUGGAGGGGCCCCAAGCCCCGCUAGGAAAACCCUCCCGGCCAGCUGCUAAAGCUUCGACUACCCCCGCGCCAGGAACAAAGUAGGAGAGGUUUCUUCCGGGGUAACCCCCCAACACGCGCAAAAGCCGAGGGGUCAGGAGUGGGCCGAAGGCGUUUGUUUGCGCGCGUGGAAGGCGCCUGCGGGCAGGGCGACGGGGGAGGCUCCCGGGAGCCCCUCGCCUCGCGGAGGGGGAAGGCUGCCCGGUUAAUUGGUUAGGAAGUGAGCUCUGCGAGCUGCUGUUCAGUCCGGGAGAGGGCUGGCGGCGUUGCAGAGUUCGCUAGGGUUUGUUUGAGAAGUUUUAAGGUGCAGUGACACAGACGGGUGGUUACGGGACACCUUCAGAGCCUUCGACCCUGUCCUAAUUGGGGUAAUUUGCUCGUAGCUGGACAGAACUAGACGUUACGCCUUCCGCCCUUCCCCAGGAAAGUCGGGGGGGGGUAAAAUGGGCGUAACUUGUCCGUAACUGGGAUUCUUUCUCCGUGAUCGCGGCGGGCAGCUCGAGCAGGGUCUGGAGGCGUUGAGUGCCGGGAAGGGUUUCGAGGUGGAGGACCUUGACCCGUUGAAGGAGGGCGGGUGAGGAGGGCGCGCGUUUCACGGGGGAGAUUUGGGGGUUCGAGCUGGCGAGGAGGGGGCUGGGGGCUCUUGGUGCCUUCCCUGUCGUGUGGUAUAGCCUGGUAGUGGUGUGAGCGGGUUGUGGUGCUUUGUUCUUGCUCCCACCGCCUUCUCGGACCGGUGCUGGGUCCGUAGCUGUCCCCUGGCUUGAAAUGACGGGAGGCACGGGGUCAGGAGCCGCCUGCCGCCGAGAGUCGCCUCGCUGGCGCGCGGCACGGGCCGCUUGGCGCGGCGUGUUCUCCGCCUUCCGGCUUCUCCUCCUCCAGCGGGACGGGGCACGUUUUAGCAGCAGGCGCGGUCGUGCGUCGACCGUCCCGUAGAAAACCCCGCUCUGCCAGCUUCGCUGCGGAUUCUCCCAGCCCCAUUGCAAGCUGCUAACCUGAACCGCUUCGAGCACCUCACUUUGUCGUUCUUUGUGUGUUCGUUUUUUUUUUUUUUUCACCUUU